AUGGCGACACCGAUCGACGACUCGAUGCAAGCCCGCAUCACAACAGACUGCCCCGACGCAACCCGCGAAAUCCUCCUCCACGCCUGGAGCCACGACACCUCCGCCCUCAAGAAACUUCUCCAGGAGCCCGGCCAAGCGAGCUGCCAGGACCCGACGACCGGCGAGACGCCCCUCCACGCCGCCAUUCGAGCUUGCGGACCUGCUCCCCCUUCCACCGAGAAUGAAGCCCAAAACGGGGAUGACGGCGAAGCAGGCGAAGACCUCCAGGUAGAAGAGGCAAAGGAAACAGUCCACGAGCUCUUCCUCUCCGGCGCAAUCUGGAACGACGUCGACAACAACAACGAGACACCGGGCUGUCUCGCCCUCCGCCUCGGCCAAAAGGGCCUCUAUAACCUCUGCGUCGAGGCCGGCGUGCGCGCCGAGAUGCUGUUUGGCUUGUUGGACGGGUACGAGGCGCUUUCUUCGGGGGGCUCGGAGAUGGACGAGGAUGAGGUCGAGGCAGCUGUCGAAGGCACCGCAGACGCAGACACCAACGGCGACGUCGUCAUCCAAGACGUACACGAUACGGAAGAAGCACCAGAACUCGUCGAGGCACCAGCACCCGUCUCAGGGGAACAGCAGCAAGAACCCAAAACGUUCCAACCCCCCGCCGUCCAGGACCCUUCCCUCAACUCGGAAGAGUACCUCGCCUCGAACCUGACCUACUCCUCCGGCAAACUCGUCGACGAGGCCGGCAACGGCGUCAUGAUGGCGUGGGAGACGGAAAUCAUGCGCAAGAGCGUCGACGCCCUCAUCCCACCACCGCCACGGGAAUCCUCUGACGCCGAUGCCUCUGCGACAUCAGGCAAACGCAUCCUCAACAUCGGCUUCGGCAUGGGCAUAAUCGACAGCAUGUUCCGCGCCACAUCCCCCGCCCGCCACCACAUCAUCGAAGCCCACCCCGAAGUCCUCGCCGCAAUCGACAACACCACCAAAGCCACCGCAAACCCAGACGACUCGAUCCCCCCCACCUUCGGCGCAUCAUGGGAAUCCUCAUCCCCCCAACCAGGAGCCUACAAAAUCCACCGCGGCAGGUGGCAAGACAUCGUCCCCCAGCUCCUCGAAGCCGGCGAAGUCUACGACGCAAUCUACUUUGACACCUUUGGCGAAGACUACGGCCAGCUGAAGACAUUCUUCACGGAGUACAUCCCCGGCCUGCUCGAUUUCGAGGGGCGCUUCAGCUUCUUCAACGGUCUGGGCGCCGACCGGAGGAUAUGCUACGACGUCUACACCAAGGUCGUCGAGAUGCACAUGGCCGACGCCGGUCUGGACGUCGAGUGGGACGAGAUGGACGUCGACAUGAAGGGUUUGGAAAAGGCUGGCGCCGGCGAGUGGGAGGGUGUCGUGCGCCGGUACUGGACUUUGGAUAAGUACCGCUUGCCCACAUGCACGUUCAUGGGCUGA